GCGAAAUCGCAAUAAUUUGUUUUACAUCUGGCAACUACGCCUACGUCUUCCCUGCCUGUCAUUCUCUCCCUUUCAGUUAAUGUCGCCUGCUAUUUUAGCUCAUGUCGUGACAGUCAGUCUGUAAUUUUAUUAAGCUCUGUCUAGAGUCUCUUUGAUCGUGAAAUACGAUUUUAGUGUGUGUGUUUCAUCUUUCAUCAAGCCUGAACAGAUUUCAGCCUGUGUUCUUUCCUUUCUUUGAGGCUAUUUGACGUGAUAACGUCUAUGUACACGUGGUCCCAGAUACUUGUAUCACAUAUACUGUUCAUGUGUGUGUCACCCGAUAAGCUUCCUUGCUUAUAAGGUACCUCACACGUAUACUCUGUACACAUCAACACCUGACCCUGUACAUAUUUCAUCGCUCUCAUUUUAUUCACCACUCAUCGACUUUAAUACAUUGGAUGUUAGAGACAAGAGAGAACGAGCAUCCAUAAUCACUGGUUCCAACAUUCAGAGGGAACAUUUGGUCCUUCGAACCGGAGACAGCAAUCUUGUUUCCAGUCACUUUCCGGUCGUUCAAGUCGACACGUCCUGCUGUCAGCAGUUCAUCUAGUCAACAACUCUUGUUGGCCUAGUCAUCUUCAAGUUCAGUCGCUGCCUGCUGUCAGUAGUUCAUCUAGUCAACAACUCUUUGUUGGCCUAUUCAUCUUCAAGUCCAGUCGCUCUCUGCUAUCAGCAGUUCAUCUAGUCAACAACUCUUUGUUGGCCUAGUCAUCUUCAAGUCCAGUCGCUCUCUGCUAUCAGCAGUUCAUCUAGUCAACAACUCUUUGUUGGCCUAGUCAUCUUCAAGUCCAGUUGCUCCCUGCAGUCAGCAGUUCAUCUAGUCAACAACUCUUGUUGGCCUCGUCAUCUUUAAGUCCAGUCGCUCCCUGCAGUCAACAGUUCAUCUAGUAAACAACUCUUGUUGGCCCAGUCAUCCUCGAGUCCAGUUGUUCAUCUUGCCAACGCUGUCGUUGGCCCCUCUUCCAGUUGCUUAGCUCUCUACGGCCUGUUCUUCUUCAACUCACAUCAGUCACUCGUGAGCUUUCAUCAUGACCGAGCAACCCAGUCGACCGUCACCAGAGGAUGAGUUGGAGGAAGAGGAAGAAGCCACGCUUACAACCGUUCGGACGGCAGCAUGGAUCAAGGCAGCAAGAACUAAGAGGAGGACACUCCGUCAACAAAUCACCUCGACGGGGAGGCGUAUUGAGACUCUAGUUCAGUCUAGGGGCUCCAGAGGGGCUAUAUUGGGCCUUAUUCGACACUUCGAUGAACUUCUACUCCGAGCGUCCCAUUUGCAGACAGAGUUGACAUCAGUGGAAGAGGACGAGGAGGCCGAGCGUCAAGAUACCCUGCACCUCACAUACGUCACUCGAGUUGGCGAGACCACCGAAUACGCCCGAUCUUACUUGGCCAGCAGGGAAGGAGAAGCCGCUUCCGUGGUUGGUUUAGGUGGCAAUGUUCCAGCCGCCCCUGCCGUCUCACCAUCGGAGAUUCAACGUCGCGAGCAAGCUCGCCUAGAAGAGAUAGCCAACGCCCAGAGGAGGUGUGACGAGGCCCGGGAACAAGCGAAUCGAGUCUGGGAAGAAUGUGAAGCAGCACAAGCGGCCCUAAGACAGCUAAGCGGCCGACCAGCAGAACCAGACCAACACUCUUCCGUCAGCCAACAAUUACCAGAUGCAAAUCCCUUGGCCAACGAAUGGCUCGCACGGCAACGGCGCAUCAACAACAUCAGCAAUCUGAACAACAACAUCAGCAAUCUGAACAACAACAACAACAAUCAAGAAACACCCGACGAUUGGAUUGAUCAAUACAGCGCCGGCCUGCUACCUCCCAUCUCCAACAACCUUUCUGCUCGUUCUGCUGUCUCGGCGGAACUCGCAUCUUUCCAAGGGAAGGCUUUGGAGUGGUUCGAAUGGAUCGACCUCUUUCGUGCCCUCGUUCACGACACGCCCAAAUCGCCCGGGGAGAAAUUGGCUCUCUUGAAGCGAUACCUGAAAGACGAAUGUCUCGACGUCGUGUACGGUUUAGGUGGUGGCGAGUCGGCCUAUAUUCAAGCGUUGGUGCGCCUAAAGGAGACUUAUGGACGACGCGACGUCAUGAGAGCCGCACAUCUUCAAGCUCUCGACCGACUGGAGCUGAAGGGAGAAGCUGGAGCGUUUAAAAGAUUCGCCGAAAAGGUCCGUUCCCACCUGUUCGAUCUCAACCGGAUUGGAGAGACGUCCACAGCCGACGUGAUCGAGAAGAUCUGUCUGAAACUGAACCUUCAAGACCGACUCGUGUGGAACGAAGAGCGUCACGGCCGCCUGGAGAGGAGGAGUCUAAACGAUUUUGGGACUUGGCUCUGUUCGAGGGCGUCAGCUUACCAAAAUGCGUACAGUAUCGCUGCCAGUCAAGCAAACUCAUCGGCUCCCGUGAAUGAAGGUUUCACCCAGCGUCGAACAAGAACUCAUCAAGCGUCUACAAAGACGCACGAAGGUGGUUCCAGCACGCAAUCUAGCAAACCCUUUUGCUUUAAAUGUGAGAAGAGUCAUCGGCUAGCAGACUGCGAGGACUUCAAGGCGCUUCCCGUUGGAGAGAAGAUACAUUUCUGCAUGAGAAGACGACUCUGUUUUAAUUGUUUUAGUUGCAAACAUUCUGUUCGUGAAUGUCCUACUGGCCAGCCAUGCAAAUACGCCGACUGUCGUUUUAUCCAUCACCCGUUGCUGCACGGCCCAGAGGAAUUGCCCGUCAAAAUCGUCCAUCCAUCUACAGCUCGAGCGGAGAGAAAUCAACGAGUGGCGCUUGGGAUGCUGCGAUUGCAGGUUCAAGGAAACGAUGGAAGUUGGUGCUCUGCCAAUAUCUUCGCCGACGAGGGAAGUGACACUACUCUAGUGCGUAGCGCAUUUGCUACGGCGCUCCAGAUUCGAGGCUCUCCGCAAGUGCUGACCGUUGAUGGCGCCGGAGGCGUGGUGACCAGUUAUCCAUCCGAGUUGAUCCACUUCCAGGUACGCGCCGAAUCCGGCGAGAUCGUCACACUCGAGGGGUCUACCAUGCAGAAGGUUGCCAGCCCAGCUCCGACGACCGACUGGAGUAAAGAGAAGAUGCGGUGGCCACAUCUACUAGAUCUGCCGGUAGGAGAAGUCGGAGGCGAGGUUGACGUCCUCAUCGGGACGGACCAUCUUCAUCUACUUGCUGCCCGUGAAUCAAGAGAAGGUGAAGAUUACGAGCCGAUCGCGUCCAGAACCCGUCUUGGAUGGAUUAUUCGAGGCGUUACAGACAGAGAUGCUCGUGCUCUGGCCGUCCGUAGUUUUAUUAUUUCUGGCCGGACACAAUUGGAUCUGUUAACUUCCGAGAUGCGUCGCUUCUGCGACACGGAGGCGUUCGGAACGGAAUACAGGCAAGGCUGUCUAUCUCCCGACAACCAAAGAGCGAUGGCGUUCGUGAAGGAGAAACCAGAUUGGUCGAAGAUCCCGAUCACCCCCCGUCAUAUUCCGCAGUUGUGUGAAUUGGUUGAUAGGUUCCCGAGUCCCGUGCGACAGUGCCAAGAAGAUUCAUUUUUAGAAGAAUUACAUCGACUCCGGAUGAAGAAGCCGCUUUAUUCUACCUCCUCUCUUCUUGCACUCGCGCCGAUCUUAGGUGAAGACUGCCUCCUCCGUCUAGGCGGACGUGCCGGUCGGGCACGCCUACCUUAUGAUCAGCUACACUCGCCGUUUCUGCUGGGCCGGCAUCCGCUCACGGAGAAAAUUGAGGAGUUGCCGAAAUUCAUGCAAGCCUCUCGCAUCAAAUGGACAUUUCAACCUCCGCGCACCCCACGUUCCGGUGGAGCUCACGAGUCGUUAGUCAAGUCUACGAAGAGAGCACUCUACAAUUCCCUAGAACAGGAGAAAGGCGCGUUUCAUCAUCCAACGGAAGAUGUUUUACAUACUCUGCUCUACGAAGUAGCCGGUCUCUUGAAUACCCGGCCAUUGACCUACGCAAGCUCAGAUCCUUCUGACUUCCGGCCAUUGACGCCCAACGAUUUUCUGAAUCGAGCUCCUACCGCUUAUCCACCUGCCGGACAAUAUGAUGAUGCUCAGCCACGAGACCACUAUCGGUACCUUCAGCGCUCCCUCAACCUCUUCUGGGAUAUCUGGAAGACCGUCUAUCUACAAUCCUUGGCCGCGAGAAAGAAGUGGAAAAUUCGUCGCCCAAAUCUGGAAAUCGGAGACGUCGUGUUGGAGAUCAACAAAGGUUUCGGAAGAGGUGUCUGGAGCAUCGGUCAUGUCGUUCAAACGUUUCCGGGUCCCGACGGCUGCGUGAGAGCAGUAGAUGUCCAACUUCCGUCAAGAAUAUUUCGCCGCGGGAUCACAGAACUUUGCUUGCUUGAAACCAGCUCGGCCGUUCCGGCCUCGGGGGAGGAUGUUUCUGCGAAAUCGCAAUAAUUUGUUUUACAUCUGGCAACUACGCCUACGUCUUCCCUGCCUGUCAUUCUCUCCCUUUCAGUUAAUGUCGCCUGCUAUUUUAGCUCAUGUCGUGACAGUCAGUCUGUAAUUUUAUUAAGCUCUGUCUAGAGUCUCUUUGAUCGUGAAAUACGAUUUUAGUGUGUGUGUUUCAUCUUUCAUCAAGCCUGAACAGAUUUCAGCCUGUGUUCUUUCCUUUCUUUGAGGCUAUUUGACGUGAUAACGUCUAUGUACACGUGGUCCCAGAUACUUGUAUCACAUAUACUGUUCAUGUGUGUGUCACCCGAUAAGCUUCCUUGCUUAUAAGGUACCUCACACGUAUACUCUGUACACAUCAACACCUGACCCUGUACAUAUUUCAUCGCUCUCAUUUUAUUCACCACUCAUCGACUUUAAUACAUUGGAUGUUAGAGACAAGAGAGAACGAGCAUCCAUAAUCACUGGUUCCAACAUUCAGAGGGAACACUAAAUGAAUUUGAAAAAUUAAAAUGA